UAACUCUCGGUCUUUAGCGAACGAGUCAGAUCGCGCUGGUUUAUUAGCUGGUUCUGAACAUGUUAUAGAACUCUCGGUUUUACCUCCAAAAUGGGUAGAUAUAGUCGAAGAGGUUGACGAUGAUAUUAGUCAAAUAAAGAGUCUUAUUCCAACAUUAGAAUCAUUACAUAGAAAACAUGCACUACCGGGAUUUGACGAUCGAACAGCAGAAGAAAGAGAGAUAGAAC